GCUUCUAUGGGGAGACGAACCUGGACCGACUUUCCCUGGACGAGGUCAACCACGCAGCCAAUGACCUGUUCAGGCUCGCGUGGGCAGCAAUUCAAACUUCUGACAACGAUGAAAAGAAACAAAUGGUGGACAGCCUGGCGGACAAAGUCCCUUCUUACCUUCAGUACUUCGAGGACACGCUUGAGGCCAGCAACACCGACUUCUUCCUAGGCUCAAACAUCACAGUGUCUGACAUCUGUGUCUACGACAUCCUGUGGCGACUCCAGGUGCGCGGUUUGGCGUCGGUGGAGAAUUUUCCCAAAGUGGACUAUCUCAUGAGUCUGGUGGAGCAGCGACUGGCUAAUGUAAACUUCAAGAGAGGAGAACCACUCUACUGAUGGCCACAAAGGCGAAAAU